AUGCUCUACUCAACAACGGCUUGUCCCAUCGGGAAAUCGCUCGUCAGACGGGUCGCUCAAGACGAACUAUUGACCGUUAUGCAAGGAAUCCGCAAGAAUACGGCACAGCAAUACAUUCUGGACGGCACAGGCUGCUAUCGGUUCAAGCUGAACGAGACGUCUGUCGAAAAGCAUCGAACUCUACGAAGUCCGCCAACCAAAUCAGAUCCGAAAUUCCUGAAAACUUCUCGAAGGACACCAUCUUACGAACAAUUCAUCGGUCCGGUCGACUUGUGA